UGCAGCACAACUCUCACUUUCACCAAUUGUCCAAUGAGAUUGGGGGAUACUGGGAAGCGUGUGUUUCUUGCUCGUGGUGCUAGCACCGUAGACGCGUGAGCGAGGAGACUAGCUUGAUAAAGAGGAAGGCAGUGACACUUGGUCAUCAUGGAUGCAAGUAAAGGUAAAGGGGAUGAAACAAUGCCAAAUCCAGGUGGUCAGAUGGGCAAACCUGUCGGAUUCCCCUUUUUGGAAAACAUGCUUCCCAAAGCAGUGAAGAGGCGAGUGCACGCCUUAAAGAGACUACAGGAACAAUGUGCUCACAUUGAGGCCAAAUUCUACGAAGAGGUUCACGAGCUAGAGAGAAAGUAUGCAACUCUAUAUCAGCCACUAUUUGACAAGAGAAGAGAGAUUGUCACAGGAGCAGUCGAACCCACAGAUGAGGAGUGUGAAUGGCCUACUGAUGAGGAUGAAGAGGAGGAGCUUGCUGAGGAAGUAAAGGAAAAGGCUACCAUUGAGGAUGUAAAGAAGGAGGAAGCCACACCAGAAGAAAACCCAAAAGGCAUCCCCGACUUCUGGCUCACCAUUUUCAAGAGUGUUGACAUGCUCAGUGACAUGGUGCAGGAACAUGAUGAACCCAUCCUAAAGCACCUGAGAGAUAUUCAAGUAAAGUUUUCUGAACCAGGACAGCCAAUGAGCUUUACAUUAGAGUUCCACUUUGAGCCCAAUGGCUAUUUCAACAACGCAGUCCUUACUAAAGUCUACAAGAUGAAAUCAGAGCCUGAAACAUCAGAUCCUUUCUCAUUUGAGGGCCCAGAGAUCAUUGACUGUGAAGGAUGUCAGAUAGAUUGGCACAGGGGGAAGGAUGUGACGGUGAAAAUUAUAAAGAAGAAGCAGAAGCAUAAAGGUCGCGGCACGGUCCGCACCGUUACCAAACAGGUUCCCAAUGACUCGUUCUUCAACUUUUUUAAUCCUGUCAAAGCUUCAUCAGACGGAGAAAUGGAUGAAGACUCUGAGUUCAACCUAGCCACAGACUUUGAGAUCGGUCAUUUCUUCCGUGAGAGAAUAGUUCCCAGAGCAGUGCUUUACUUUACUGGCGAGGCUCUGGAAGACGACGAGAGCUUUGAAGAGGAGGAACUGGAAGAGGGAGAUGAAGAGGAUCAAGAUGAGGAGGGUGAUGACGAUGACGAAGAGGGAGAUACCGACCCCAAGAAAGAACAGCCUCAACCUGCCGAAUGCAAGCAGCAGUAACCGUGACGAUCAGGGGAAGUGGAGACCUGCUGCCCAUAAAAUCUGUCCUCGGCCUGUCCAUCUGACCUCCUACUGCUGCAGGCUCCACCCUUUUACAAACUCUCAUCGGAACGCAAUAGAACCCAAACCUAUGUUUUUACUAUGUGCAUGACUUCUUUUUCUACAGUCUUGCAGCAUCUCACCCUGUUCAUUUGGCUUCAUUUGUCAUCACAGCCAGAAUCAACUCUUAAUAAAUUACCAUGGUAUCACAUA